UCGUUUCUAUACGUAAACAUGUCCUCAAAAAAGUAUGGUUAAUUCUAUUCUAAACACUUUUAUCACAAAAUUUUCAAAUUUGCUAGUGACUUUCAUUUUGUACCAGUGGUAGCUUAAGAAAAACACACUUUUUGAGAUUUUCAAGCCCGGUCCAAAUUUUUUUGUUGGUGAAUUUCGUCUUGUCGGGUUGGCGACACUACUCCCACCAUCACACGUCAAAAAUGUCAACACGUCAAAAAUAAUCAAAAAAUGGCAAAAAUGCAAGAAGUCCCGACUGACGAACUCUUAUCGUUUCACGAUUACCCCUCAGUGCACUCCCCCAACCCUCAAAACACGGCCCAAUUGCCCAUAAAUCAAGAUUUUAACAAUUCCCAGGAGAAUGAGUCUGGAGCCCCCUUGGACGAGCCAAGUGCCCAAAAAUCGUUUUGGACCCUUGAGUACUACCAGCAGUUUUUCGAUGUGGAGACACGAGACGUCCUGGACCGAAUAAUAGCCUCCAUAACCCCGAAACGGGACACUUCGCUGAAGCACCACCUUCGUGACAAACCCGACUUGUACGGCCCCUUCUGGAUUUCCGUAACUCUCAUUUUUACCAUUGCAAUUAGUGGAAAUAUCGCCAAUUAUCUCCAACACACAAACAGCCAAUACCAUUGGAAAUACAACUUUCAGUUAGUUUCAUACGCCGCCACGGCGAUUUACAUUUACGUCUUGUUAAUUCCCUUCGCAUUGUGGGGCUUGUUGAAGUGGAGUUCGGAUGUGAGCGAUUUGGAGGGCUUGGAAACGGGGACCACUCCAAGUGCCCUCGAACUGAUUUGUAUUUACGGUUAUUCGUUGUUUAUCUACAUCCCAGCGUCGAUUUUGUGGUCAAUUCAGAUCAAUUUGUUGCAAUGGGGGCUUGUUUUAGUCGCUGCGGUGGUCUCAGGGGCUGUUUUGUUGUUCACUUUGCUCCCAGCUUUGAGACUUUCGAGACAUAAGAUUUUUCUCAUGAUUGGGAUAGGGGGCUGCCAUCUGCUGUUAGCAGCAGGCUUCAUGCUGUAUUUCUUUCACGUACCUAGCGCCCCACUUGAGCAUCAUCAGGAUUUAGUAAAAAAUAUAACACUCAAGUCAAUUUAAAUUUAUUUGUAAUUGUAACACUAAAUUAAUAUACAAUUAAUUCUA